GAUUUUCCUUUCUUCCUGAAAAUGCAGUGCAUGCUGGAAGCCAGCCAGAACUAGCAGAAGAAGCUGGUAUGGACUAUGGUACGCUGAAGUCAGAUUGAUCUACCCGACUGGCCAGGCAAGUAAUGAUACAUUGUUUUGUAGCGAUGGCAAAGAUAGCCAGGAGCUAGAGAAAGGAGCUGGUCAGUCGCUGUCAACCCACAGUUUCCUGCAGCGUGUCAAGAGAGCGGUUGCUCCGAUAUCUAGUAUCUCGGAUGAAGUCGCGAGGCAGCUGAGGGUGUGAGCGGGCGACUACUAAAAUUAGACAACGUAUCAAAAGUAAUCCGUUUGCUGCUGUCCACUUUUGAGUAGCGCGUUGUAGAAGAACAAUGCCGUGAGGAUUUACUGGCGUUAGUAUCCAAUGCGAGAAGAAAGAUGGAUGAAGCGGACGGGCGAGAGCGCUUGUAUUCCUACAGGCGCAUGUCUGCCUCGCAGCGAUCUGCUGCUUCGGAUUCCUGGAGAUACCUAACGACUGGAAUGAGUGAUGCUGCUAAGGCACUAGUCGGUGGAAACGAGAACGAAACUUGGGAGAAAAUCGACUCUGCGUCGGCCGUCAAUGCCCUUCAAUACAAGAGCAUCCAGGAAAAUGCCCUGUUCCGUGCGGCACAGCUGAACGAUCUCGGCAAGCUGGAGCAAGUCUAUAGCUCACUGGAGAACGAGAGCGCACUGACGGACAGAACGGAGGCUGGCGAGACGGCGUUUCACAUUGCAGUUCUCUUCGAUAGUGUCGACGUAGCCCUUAGUCUCCUGGACAGGUAUCCACCAUUUCUGCAUAUGGUCUACACCAGCAAGCUCUACAAAGGUCAGCAUGCCCUUCACAUUGCUGUUGUCAACCAGAACCUGGAUUUGGUGAAAGAGUUUGUCCGCCGCGGGGCACUGAUCAACUCUCCCAAGGCCAUUGGUUCUUUCUUCAACCCGAGCUCUUCAGACAAUCAGGUCUACUGGGGAGAGCAUGUCCUUUCUUUUGCAGCCUGCACCGGCCAGAAAGACAUAGUGGAGUUUCUGUUGCGCAAGAAUGCGGAUAUCACCGUGCAUGACAGCCAGGGAAACAACCUUCUUCAUUUACUCGUGUUGCAGCCUGACACCGACCUGGCCUGUGACAUGUACAAUUUCAUCUCAUCACUGCUCUUGUCUGAAGAACAGAACCUGGAGGCCAUGACAAACAAGAAAGGGCUCACACCACUACAGCUGGCUGCUUUCCAAGGCAACAAACAGCUUUUCUCGCUGAUACUGGAGAGCAGGAAGGAGAUACACUGGACGUUUGGCCCGGUCACUUCGUCAAUCUACAACCUGAAAGAGCUGGACACGUUUGGUGAAAAGAACUCCGUUCUCGAUGUCAUUGUUCGCAGUGAAGCAAAGAAUUCGUAUGAACUGCUAGACGUGCAGCCAAUACCACAGCUACUGAGCGAGAAGUGGACGAACUUUGCCUUCUUCUUCUUCAUGGCGUGGAUGAUGCUCUACAUUGGCUACAUGACAAUCUUCACUCUGGUCGUGUCCUCGCGGCCCGUGCAGCAGAGCAAUGUUACCUGGUGCCUGUGUCCCGGGACCAGACCGCACCGGUUUCCCUCGGGGUGUCCAUGUGAUGGGGACAUAUUCACACUGGAUGGCGAUCAACUAGCUUUACAGCCUGCACUCAUGUGCUCCACUGCAUCUAAUGAGAAGACACCAGUGUUUAACGGGGCGUAUAGUACCAGUGAGGAUUACGUGCGGCUGGCUGGUGAGAUAGUUGUGGUGCUGGGAGCAUUUGCAUCUAUUCUCUGGGAGGCUCCUGACCUGUAUCGACGUGGUGCAAGAGGUUACUUCACCAGCGUCGGUUCUGGUGCAUUCCAUGUUGCAAGUUGGAUGUACGCUGUGCUUGUAUGCAUUGCUCUGAUAAUGCGCUUGGCUGGAGCCGACCGUGAGGACAUUGUCCUGUCAUUGGCAAUGAUCUGUGGAUGGCUAUUCACGCUGUACUUUGCCCGGGCGUUUCGCUUUGUUGGGCCUUACAUCAUCAUGUGCCAGAAGAUGAUUGCCGGAGAUAUCUUACGCUUUGCCAUUAUCUUCACUGCAGUCAGCGUGGGAUUCUCGGGAGCCUUGUUUAACCUGUUCAUUGAAGCGUCUCCUCGUCCGCCGUCGGAAUGGGAUUCGUUUACGACAUCGUUUGUGACCGCGUUCCAACUGGCCACUGGUCUGACGGACAUCCCGCCUGAGCAGUACGACACGGCGCCGUCCAGCGGUACCGUUGUGUUCCUGCUCAUCGUGUACCUGGUCAUCGCCUUCAUUCUGCUUGUCAACCUGCUCAUUGCCACCAUGGGAUCCACGCAUGCUCGGAUUGAGGCAGAGCGCCAUGGGCUGUGGAAGAAACAGCUGGCUUCCGUGAUUUUACUGCUGGAGAGACGCAUUCCGCAGCAGUGGUGUGUCCGGUCUGGCUUUGACGGCGGUCUAGUGGGUCUCAAGCCGGGUGACUGGUAUGUCAGGGUGGAGGAGAAGGGCACACUGUCCAGGAAGAAGCUAGGCACUGUUAUUGAUCCUAAGCGUCUGUCCCGUAUGCCGGACGGAGCUGAACUGCUGUCGGACGAGGACGAGGAUGAUCGCGAGGACACGCCGAAGAAGUCACCAGUCAUGCCAUCUCCAUCUCGAGGAUCCGGCGAUCGCACUCCCUUCAAGUUCCGCCGUCGACCCAAGAGCAAUGUGAUGUCAUUUCAAGCUGCACUGGUGGGUACAGGUGCAGCAGCUGGAUCAGUAGUCGCUGCCGGUACUAUCUCCAGUCCAGGAACACUGGUGAGAGCGAAUGAUGUUGCUGAACAGUCCAAUGAAAGCUGCGGGUCACCGGCCAAGCUGAAGCCAACUCAAAGCAACAAGUAUCACAAACAUGCCGCCGCAACGUCUCUCUCUUUCAAAGAAGAAUCCAAUGCCAUUGGCGGAGGCCACCGUACCAAGCAGGAUAGCCCCAGCACCAUCCCAAUUGCUGCUGCUGCUGCUGCUGCUGCUACUCAGCAACACUCAUCCUCAUCAUCACAUGAUCUCUCAGGUGGUGCACAGGAACACACAGAACAGGAGCUGUCUCCACCUUCCUCGUCCGUCACUGCUCUUCUGCCGGAAAGUGGAGGCAGCCCUGCUGCUAGGCGCUCAGACAGCCGCCACUUGCACCAUCAACAGAGUGUGGAAGAGGGUGUGUAUCAACUUGACAUGGGCUCUGCUCUGACUGCUACCAUUGUGUAAGAUGCUGCUGCUGCACGAGCGGCACAACUGACCAACUGAGGAGUGCGGAAUACCGGUCGGCACUGCUAUGGCUUGUUACUUGAUUUGACAGACAAUGACCAGCACUGCCGAUACUACUAUGGUAUGUGUCAGGUUGCACUGCCAGAGCAUUGAAUUCAGACACAUUCCCAAACUGCAUGCUCAUUCCAUGCCUUCUGUGUCGGGUUUUUUUGAAAUUGCGAUCUACUUCCGAAGAGCUCCUAUUGUGCAUGGUGUGAUCCAUUUCGACUGAGUAGUUUGAAGUGUAUUGACCAUGAUAUUGUAUAUUCUCUGAUCAAACUGUUUCUACAUGAUGUUAUGGUGCUAUUCUGAGUA